UGUCAAAAGUGUCAAGUUUCAAAUUGUCAAAGUCAGGUGUUUUGCUGUCGAUUUAGAAAAAAUCGUACGAAUUCGUUAAUUUAAUUACCGUAAUUUUAAUAAAAAUGGUUUUACUUUAGUGUCGGAAUCAUACAUUAUAAUUCAAAAUGUUCUCCCCCGUUGGACAACGGGUAUUACAUAAAUGCCUCAAGAUUUUGAGGUUAUCCUACGUCGACUUCAGCAGCCUUCCAGAUCUGAAGAAUUUAAACGUAGUGAGAACUGUGGAGAAGACGAUCGAUAACAACACGAGCAUAUUCAUAGAGAGUCCUAUACAUGUGAAAGUGUUACCGAUCGAUGUGAACGACAUAAAUGCCCACAAUAAGCUUACAAUGCAUUUGUACAGUCGAGGGAAGGACACCUCUGACUUCCAAGUGAAACAGUCUUCGAAGCGGCUGGAGCUGUUCAACAAGAACACGUCGUCGGACCGCAACGACGUGUGCCUCAUCCACGUGCCCUACCAGCUGAAGGUGCAUGUCACCACUGUGGACAACGCCUCCGUCCACAUGAGCAAGCUAGAGGGCGAAGAGUUUGUCAUCAAAACUGACAAAGGCAAAGUGAAAGUCUCCGACAUCAGGGCGCAAAACAUCAAAGUAGAAAGCGCUGAGGGCGAAGUAGAAACUGAAGGCAGACUGCAGUCCACUACUAUAGAUUUAAAAACUGGUCUCAAUGCCCCCAUUUCAUGCAACAACAUAAUGUCCAACUCCUUCUCUGUAACUACUCACGGUGGAGCUAUCAAGGUGAACUCUUGCUACAGUGAUAAGUCUCACUUCACCACAGCAAUGGGCGAUAUGAACUUGGACCGACUCCACAGAUCCGUAAUAAUAGAUGUGAUACAGCAAGGUAACCUGCACAUCACUGGCUUUACAGGGAACCUGAAAGCUUCACUGAAGAGUGGCCAGAUGUUCAUGCAUGCGUCACAAUUAACUGACAAGAGCAGCAUAUUCAUACACGAAAAGGGUAAAGUGGAGGUGCAUAUUUCGGAUAUAUUGAAGAACUUGCCAGCAACAACCUUGAUAGCGGACACUAUAAAUGUGGAUGAGAGGAUACUGAAGCUUGGCCGCUUCAUGGAUGACAGCUACCCGAAGAGGUUCAGAUUUGAGAAGGAACCACAGCACGAGCUGCACAUAGUCUGCAGAAAUGGCUCCAUUGACCUAAAAGACACGGAUAAACCUUUUAUAUUAUAGGUCCCUACUUUAAAUUCUGGAUGACAAAUCCUAGUGAUAUGGCUUUAUUAUUUCUCUAUGGCAUAAGGCAUUUUCACAUUUUGAUGUGUAACUAAUUCUACUUUGUAUUUAUUGUAAAAGUUUCUUUGUUUUGUGUAUGUAUGUAUAAAACAUUUAAUUUAUCUAUUACAUAUAGUAGGUCAAUCUUUACUUUGUAUAAUCUUCACUGCACAUUUUCAGGGAUUAGGCCAGUCCAUGUUUACUUGUUUUUCUUGUACAUAAUGUAAUUAAUUCAUCUUCAUAAAUAGUGUUAAUGCUUGUAGUAGUGAUAGGUUUAAAACUUUAUUAGGUAGAUUUAUCAAUCUGACACAGUUCCAAGAAGCUAACUCAUGUGUUCUCUUUUAAAUAAUGUUUGUAUUAAUUUACCUGCUUUAUGCAGAAUCUACUGUAAAGAUGAACGGAAGUGAUCUAGAUAGUAUUUGAUGUUUAUAGAAGGAAUAUUUGGCUAAACUGUACUUCCAUAUAUGUAAUAGGAAAUAGAAGACUUAAUACUGCCGGCGUUCUAUGGAUAAUGGCUCUAUAGUUUUUUUCUUAUUAUAUGUAAGUAGCUAGAACAUCAGUCUCAGCAUUUAAUGUAACAUUUAUUUUAUUUCAUAGAUUAUUCUUUCAUUGCUUUUGUGAUAAAUAGUACUACUAGUAUUUUUAUAUGCCAAUUUUUUCCAAUGCUAGUCUUAAUUAAAUAGGAAAAUUCAUCAUCUCAGAGAUUUAUGACAUGUUGUGAAAUAGUGUGCUAUUGUUGUUGAAAACCAAAUAAAUCAUCUAGAAAAUUA